GCACACCACUCGCUAUGGUGCUCAACAUUGCUAUUCAGUUACUCUAGGCAAAUACAGCAGAAGAGCAGCGGGCCAGUGUGUGUGUCAGACUGGUCAACAGUAUCAUGGACACUGAAUAUUCAAAGAGAGUGUACCAAGGGGUUCGUGUUAAACACACAGUCAAAGACCUGUUGGCAGAGAAACGAUCUCGACAGACAAAUGGCCCAAGGUACAGUAGUGGUUCAACAACCCCACCAUCUUUAGUUCAGAUGUCAGGUUCUCAUAUGUUACCCAGCUACUAUGGUAUGAGGCGUCCUUUCAUAUCGGACUCAGACUUUGCCUCAUCUACGAAGCAGUUUUCAUCAGAUGUUUACCCAUCCACCUAUGGAGGCAGAACACUGAGCUGUGAGACAUCUAGCUUCUCUCUUAUUGACACCUACUACCCUGACACUUUCAGUGAAUAUCGCAACACCGCUGCCAACUUCUCCAGCUCUGGAGGAUCUUUCUUGCCUUCUGCGGCCCUAUCGUCUCUUUUGCCUCCUCCCUUCAGUGGCGAGUCAUCACAUGUAUAUAUGAGAGACUCAUGGGAGCAAUCGGUUCCAGAGCCAGUUCCACAGGUGGAACCUCUUUGCCCAGACAACUUGGCUUCUGUCCCCUCAUCAAUGCCCAGCCCAGACUCCCAGGGGAGCCCCUCCCAGCCAAGCCAAGGCUCAUCCAUUGGGCUGGCUUCCAGCAGCCAGUCCUACACCCUUCACUCCCUUGAGGAUGCGAACUAUCACCUUUUAACUUCCAACAACUCCUACGCAGCCCCACCUUCCUCCUUCCUCUGUCCUCCUUACAUCAACACUGACCUGAUGUCUAAGAUUGUCACAGAGGAAGCAGUCGACAGCCACAGCAGUCUCCCUCUCAAUUUGGAGGCUCAUACUUCCUGGGAUAAGGAGGACAACGUGAGUGGCUGGUCUCCAUAUGAGCUCAGAAGAGCCUACUGA